AUGGAAGCCCAAACUGCCAUGAAAUCGUCUCCCCGUCCACUACUCCCUCGUCUUCCCGUCGAGGUGUUUGACCUCAUUCUUGACAACUUUGAUGCGGGGUGGGACUGGGACGACUACCAUUCGGUCAGCAAUUUCUCCAUCGCCAGUUCCUCCUGGGUCCUGGUGAACAUGUGCAGGAAACACCUGUUCAGCCACAUCGAUAUCCACACUGGUCACCAGGCCCAACGACUCGCCGAGGUCCUGGAUACCCACACCCACCUCGGGGCCUACGUCAAGUCGUUCAAUUUUUAUCCUUCCACCAGGCGGAACCCAGAAGAUCAUUUGCUGGCCGAUCUUGACGAGGACUGUUCCGAAGAUGCUCCUACAAGUUUUGGAUGGGAGGAAGGGAAGAACCCAUGCGAGCAUGAAGCUGUACGGCGCUUGGUGCUCCAUUUCACCCGACUCGAGUAUCUCGACGUCCGCACGGAGUUCAUCCGCGGAGGCGGCAGGUUCUACGAUGCGACGUACUGGGAGAAGAAGGACGAAUGGCUCAAGCUCAUGUCCCUCCCUACUUUGAUCAGCUUCGUCGCCAACGACAUCUGCGUCCCCAUCUCUUUCCUCGGUGCCCCGCCCAACCUCCGACACCUCUAUCUCUCGCGCGAUUACUGCCCCUUUGAGGAUCUCGAGGAGUUGGAUCUGGAGGAAUGGAGAGGCAAACUGCAGACGCUGGAGAGUAUCUCGAUUCUGCAGUCGAAUUGGGAUAUGGCGCCAUCCAGCGAUUUCUUCACUGUCUUCUUCGAGGGUUGCAAGUCUACCACGCUCACUACUGUGACGCUGGACGUCAACGGUCCUUACCAAAAAUUUGGACCCUGGAAAAAUGCGUUUACUACGAUCUUGGACUUUGGUUCGGAGUCGAUCAAGCACCUCGAGUUUUCGUUCCCGAAUGGAGUUGUUUCGCCGUUUAGUUCUUUGAUUAUGGGAUGGGUUCAGAACAAGACCGAACUCAGCUCCUACAUCGCCAAACUCGAGAACCUCGAAACGAUCCACUUCAACUACAUCUACCCGUACUUCACAGGGCGAGAAGAGACCCCACAAGGUAUCCGACUCCUCACGGAGGAGGAAGCCGACGAGAACCUCGCCGACCACACCCGAAUCCUCUUCGAACCUUUCAUGUCGACUAUCAUGGAAGGCCUCGUCAUCCGCCAGUCUGAUCCGACCAAGACACCGCUCAAGGAGGUCAGCAUCGACUUGGGGUUCACGGGGUGCACGAUCCUGAAGGUCAACCCCGACGUGGUGAAGAUCUCCAACGCGCUCCAGGCCUCACCGGCGUGGGGCAAACUCGACUCGUGGCUAGCUGAGGAUCUUGCUACUGCGCGCGGAGGCCGUCCUCCCUACCUCUCCCUCGCGAUCUACUUUGAGACGCAACAGGUGAAUGUUACGCCGAAGGAGGUGGAGGAGCAGGCGCGGGAGAUGGCGGAGAUCCCGUUGGGCGAUCCGUUGAUGCGUCAGAUGGCGAGGUUGGAGAAGGCGGGUGCUGUUAGUUUGGAGAUUGGGGAGAGUGUGGUUGCGACGAGUGAGGUUGUGAGUGGGUGGUCGAGGAAUUUUUAUUGA